AAGAUACUGAACAUAUUCCGUACGAAAUUUACUUCAAAUACUAUCCCACAGAAAAGUGGGCACGCCUUCACUAUGUUAAAGAGAUGGUGGAAAAUUAUAAAAAUGCAGAUAAUGAAAAGGCUCAUCGUAAAUUCUUUAGUACUUUAAAAAGUAUUAAAGACGAUGAGUCAUGUGUAUCAGCAAUACGUGAUAGGGCUCAAGAACUUUUAGAUGAUAAAGAUGCCGAUGCUGCUAAAAUCAAUGCCCUAUGGGACAAAUAUUACAAAAAUACGGAGUCCUCAUCCUCAUCAACAUCUCCGUUACCAUCACUACCAUCAUCUGUUCAGCCUCAACCUCCACCAACAUCUCCGCUACCAUCACUACCAUUAUCU